AUGAGUCGCGAAGCGAGAUUUGCCAAGGUGAAAUCCAUGGGGCUCUGCUACAAUUGUUUAAGACCAAAUCAUUUGGUUGACGAAUGUAAAUACGGUACGUGUAGAAAGUGUAAACGUAAGCAUCAUACCCUUCUUCACUCUGAAGGUGAUUCAUUUGAUCGAGGAUCUGGUAGCUCUAAUGCGGCAAACGCCAAUCCAAUCGCAAGUCUCCAAGCGGUCGUCGCUUUGAGAGUUCUUUUGGCCACGGCAUCCGUGCGUAUGUUCAAUGACCGCGGAGAGCCUGUCAAAUGUAGAGUUUUGUUGGAUAACGGGUCUCAGUCUAACUUUGUUACUGAGAAAUUAAGCGGUAUUCUGAAUCUCACUAAGAGAGAAGCUAAUAUUCCGGUGUCGGGUUUUAAUCAAAGCUUAACGCAUAUUAAGCAUUCUAUCGCAACGACCCUUCAGUCAAGGGAUGGACGUUUUGCUGCGGAGUUGUUAUUCUUGGUGGUCCCUCGAAUUACAGAGACACUUCCUGCACAGACGAUUAACCGUUGCGAUUUAAAUCUUCCCCGAAAUAUCACCUUGGCAGAUCCCGAAUUCUGCACUCUUUCAGAGAUUGACGCUCUUAUAGGAGCGGAACUAUUUUACCAAUUGUUAUGCGUGAGUCAGAUCAAAUUAGGCAAUGCGCUGAUAUUACAAAAAACGCGUCUUAGUUGGAUAGCGUCGGGAGCUAUACACGAUAGGGGGCCUGCGUCAAAUCGAAUAGCAUGUGAUUUAGUGGUAGACUCGCUGGAUGCCCAGGUCGCUAAAUUCUGGGAAAUUGAGGAGGUCUCGAGCGUUAGGCGUUUGUCCGAUGAUGAGAGGGCGUGCGAACAACACUUUUCUCAGACGCACUCGAGGGAUGAGAGUGGCCGUUAUAUAGUUAGGCUUCCGUUUAACAGUAGAAAACGCGAACUGGGCGACUCUUAUCAAACAGCAAAGAAAAGGCUGUAUUCACUGGAAAGGAGAUUGGCACGAGAUCCUCAAUUGCGUGAAGAGUAUACGGAUUUUCUUGACGAGUAUGAGAGGCUUGGUCACAUGACUGAGAUCCCUGUCUCCGAUGUGGCCGAAGAAGGAUAUUUUAUUCCACAUCACCUUGUCUUCAAGCGUGACAGCCAUACAACAAAAUUGCGAGUUGUUUUCAACGCUUCAUCAAAGAGCAGUACUGGCGUUUCGCUCAACAAUGUACUUUUCGCUGGUCCGACCCUGCAGGAGGACUUGUUCUCCAUCGUUACGAGAUUUCGAACCCACCGAUAUGUACUGCGUGCCGACAUUGAGGAAAUGUAUAGGCAGGUUAAGUUGUCUGAGGACGAGCGAAGGCGUUUUCCCCUGGCUUGCAGGAUUCUUCUUGAAGACUUCUACAUGGACGAUGCUCUCACCGGUGCAUCGAAACUGGACCAGGCUCGAGAAUUGCGUGAUGAGCUUAUCGGGUUGCUGACUUGUGGUGGCUUCCAUCUGCGCAAAUGGUGUUCAAACGAACCAAGUCUGUUGGAGCCACUACUGGAUCAAUCCUUGGACCCUCACAUUUGUUUGAGCGAGUCUGAAACUCAGAAGACCCUCGGUAUUCAUUGGCAUCCCCGUGAAGACCAUUUAAUUCACGUCGUAAAACCGUUUACCGAGCACCAGCGAACGACGAAGAGAACCAUGCUUUCCCAGGUUGCCUCACUCUUCGAUCCUCUUGGACUGGUUGGUCCUGUUAUCGUGAAGGCGAAGAUUAUGCUGCAGCGGCUGUGGGAGGAUAAGCUGGAUUGGGAUGAAUCCGUUCCUGUGGACAUCGCUACCUCCUGGAGCAAAUACAGGGAGCAAGUCGAGCUCCUAAAUAACUUCAUCGUUCCUCGUUAA